AUGCGCUCCUCAUCGUGGACAACUCUCCGCAGAAGCAGUACUUUUAGUACCAAGUACAAAUACGAAUCAACACUCGACUCGACACAUAUUCGUCUAGUAAAAAUCCGUCCCCGAACACGCAGCCUCUUAUCGGAGAGAUUAAACAUCGACGUGACCACUCAUUCUCUGGAUGAAGCAGAGGCACUUGGCUACCAUGCACUAUCUUAUACAUGGGGUGCACCAGAGGGAGAAGUCAAACGCAAGGUCUCCGACUCAUGCAUACUGGUGAACGGCAGUAGAUUCUACGUCCAACCAAACUUACUCGCGGCGCUCAAGCGCUUCGAAGAAUUUGAUUGGUAUUUGUGGAUCGACGCAAUAUGUAUUGAUCAGGCCAACCAAAGGGAGCGCGAGAUCCAGGUCGGCAUCAUGAGCGAGAUUUAUAGCAUGGCAGCCCGAGUCGAUAUCUGGCUCGGUGAUGGCGGAAAAGAAUCAGCUGAGGCUAUUCGUCUGACACGGGCACUUUCCAGCUUGGCUGAGGAGACUUCUGGAAGUGAAGUGAGCCCGGGCAAAAGCGAAAUCGAAAGUUCAGGCCUUCCACCUAUUCCUUCUGAAGGCUGGAAGCCAUUCGUUGAUCUCCUGGACCGGAAUUGGUUCCGUAGAGCUUGGGUGAUUCAAGAGACCGUCCUAUCUCGGCAGGCGUUUGUCUUCCUGGGAAGCAGCGAAUGCAUCUCUUGGGAACAGCUCGCCUCUGCAUUGAUGAUGAUUCAAAGACUAGGCUGGUAUCCCAACGCGACAUUGGCCAUGGCCAAGGUGGAGCAGAUUUCAUGGACACCAGGACCCUACUCUAUUCACUUCAUCAGCGUGAUCAAGACGUCCCUCGAAAGCUUGAAAAGUCCCCAAGAUCACCCACAGCUUUCUGUUAUCGAGGAUCUCACCGGCGCUGAUAAUUGGAAAACAACCGCCAGUUCUCAGUUAGCUUACAUGAUGAUGUUAAGCCAUAAGUUCAAGAUAACGAAUGCUCGUGAUCGGGUUUAUUCGUUGUUGGGGAUGGUCAACAUUGCCGCGAGCCAUAUGGGAGUUCCUCGGUGCGAUCUGGAAGUUAAUUACGAUGCUUCAGUUGCUGAGGUAUUUACAGCCGCAACGGCCAACAUCCUAAAUCAUUGUAAUCACCUCGGCUUCAUCUCCUUGGCUGGGAUUGCAGAAUUUCACAGUGGCACACUGAACUUACCUUCAGGGGACUUACCCUCAUGGGUACCAAAUUUCUCGAACGAGCCAUCCGCUGCAAGAACUGCUCCUAUCCUUUUCCCCUGGGCCAGAGGCAAAGUUCAAUUGGACGCAGCACGAUACGCCCAGAUUGGCUCUCUGGGAUUCCGCAUUAGUGGCUCGAGGCUCUCUGUGCAGGCCCAGCGUAUCGGACAGAUCAUUCCAGGGUCUUAUCAAUUCUACGUACUCGCUUACUACUUCCACGUCGAACACUUUGCGGCCCUUCUACUACGGUGCGGCAAGCGCUACAAAGUAACUGGAGAGCUCAGUAUUGAAGCUUGUUGGCGUACUUUCAUCUUUGGCGCAAAUAUACACGAUUCAAUAGAUAUCUCGAAGCUUGGCGCUUCCUUCAAAGCCUGGCUUUGCUACAUCUUAUUUCAAUACUUGCGGGUCUGGGACACUUCCAUGACAGUCGACCAACGACUUGUUUUCUUGGAGCAAUUGACAAUCUUCCAGUCUCUUGUGGCUCGGGAUGGGGACGAAGCUUACGAUAUGCUUCCAAGUAUUGAAUGGGUCAAACAGAUGCUGCAAAAGUUAGGUGCCUCUGAUCCUUCAGACUCACAGCUGGCGUCAAUAUUUUCAUUCAUGGCGAGGACCUGCUCACUGGGGGGGUUUUCUGAGGAGUUUGACUUGGAGUGGACGUCCCUGGUGGCCAAGGAGCUUGCAGACAUGUUUAUACUGGCUGCUAGAUUCGCAUCGCUACUAGGAACAUACGCUGCUCAGCGGCAAGUUUUCCUGACAGACGAAGGGCAUCUAGGACUGGCUUUCUCGUCUGCACUAGAAGGGGACAGUGUCUGGGUGGUUUCGUCUUGUCCAGUGCCAUUGGUUUUGAGGCCUCGAGCUGAUGGUACUUAUCAAAUGAUCGGAGAUAGCUACGUUCACGGAAUCAUGGAAGGCGAAGCGGUAAAAGACAACAGCUGGGAGGAGAUCACCAUGACCUAA